GUCGGUCCGCACGGCGGGCGGGGUGACCAUCGCUGACGAGGUACAGGUGGGCUUUGGACGUGUGGGGACGCACAUGUGGUCUUUUGAGACGCAGGUAUGGAGGUAACCCGGUGUCGUGCGCCGUGGGUCUGGCUGUGCUGGAUGUGAUAGAGCAGGAGGAUCUGAUGCAGAGGGCCAGGGAGGUGGAGGAGGUGAUGAAGACAUUGCUGGCGGAGGUACAGGACAAGUAUCACAUUGUAGGGGAUACCAGGGGGCGUGGCAUGUUCUGGGGAGUGGACCUGGUGAAGGACAGACAGACGCGGGAACCUGCCACAGAGGAGGCUGCUUAUGUGGUCAACAGGAUGAAGGAAGAGAAGAUCUUGGUGAGUCGCGACGGGCCGGAGGAGAACGUGAUCAAGUUCAAGCCUCCGAUGUGCUUCACUGUGGACAACACGCGCACCCUCGUCUCUACGCUAGACCGCGUCCUCGCUGAACUGGCCAACGGGUCGAAGCCAGGUGCUAACGGCACCACGGCUCCUGGCUCCAAGGUCACAGGGGUCAAGGACAGACCUGUGGGGAGCAAAGACGAUGAUGAUGAGUUGUGUGGGGAGCCAGAGGCGAAGAAAAGCCGGGUGAAAGUGAAGGUCGCGGAUUCUCCGAGUGGGGAGCAGGUGGGAGGGACGGGCUCCUCUCCUCUCAAAGUGGUGGGAUAAACUGGGGGGAUAAACUGGGGGGAUAGAGGGUGGGAUAAGUUGGGGGAUAGAGGGGGGAUAAACGGGGGGAUAGAGGAUGGGAUAAA